AUGGUCCAACACUUACGCACCCACUACUACCAAGACAGUCAAGGCACCCCAGUCCUCCGCCCCACUGCUGCCAUUGAACCCCCCUCCUCCCUUGCAGCAGCCCAACGCUUCAAACUCUUCAAACCCUCCUGCAACUGCCACGUGGAGAAAGCCCGGGCACUCAUCCCAGGACCCACCCUUGGCCCCCGCCCUGGCCAGCAAGGCAUCCCAUCAGCCAUUGACCACAUCUCCCAAGCCUUCUUCCACUACCUCUGCCCCCUCCUCAACCAGCAAGACCCCUAUGCCCUGUCCAUCUCCACUGAGGAACUCUUCAGCGACAAAGUUGGAAUCCGUGUUGGCUAUGUCUCUGUUCCCAACACCCCCCACGGCGCCAGCGUCCUCUUUCUAUGCACAUCCACCCCUGGGGUGUUCGCCGCCAUCAUGGCAGCAGUCAACCUUGGCGAAGCCAAGAAGAUCCCGUUGCCACUGCAGCUGAUGAGGCAGCACUCCUCGCUGAAACUCCCCACCUGGCAUACCUCACCUACAACUUUGACCCGGAGACCCCUUUCCAUCCAGCAUCACAUCUUUGUUGGGGCCGGAGGCAGUCUGUUCUUUGAAGGUGAUAUCCCAGAGCUUGAAUGGGAUGCCUCCGGGGAAGUGGAUAGUGUGGUGGGCAAGUGCAAGUUGGACGAUGGAUUUGACAUCACUGUCAAGGUUGGAGGUGUCUUCGUCAUGGGAGUGGGUGUAGAUGCCAGUGAAGCGGCGUCUGGUGAGGCUGCCACCAUGUUUCUCAUAGGGAGCAUUGGGGUUGAGGUCGUAGGUGGGUGUGGGGGCCGAGGGCUUUUGGGAUGGUGGUGUGGUGGGGUGCAUGUGAGCUGGGUUCAUGCGCGGGGUCUGGGCAAUGACUUGGUUGGCAGUAUCGGUGCUGGUGUCAGUGGUGAUGUGGGUGGGAGGAGCGAGGGGCAGUUUCGAGGUGGAAGUUGCCCGGGCUGCAGCAGGUUUGCGGUCGGGGGUGACGGCAGUGUGGCGUUUGGGUGGGGGCGACACCUUGUCUGCUCGAAGGAGGAUGUCGGUGAUGACUGCUUCGGAGGUGGGGUUGAGUUCAAAGGCAUAGUAUUUGUGCAGUGA